UUGGCGUUUUCAGUCAUCAGACAACAAUACGCAAAGCUCGACUCCACUGUAACAGAUCCCAAUUCCCAACAAAGGGCCCGUACGCGUACUCAUCUUUCUUUCCAACGGAGAAGAAGAAGAAGAAGAAGAAGAAGACGUUUUCAACGGAAUCAACUUCCCAAUCUGCUCUUCUCCGAGGAAGAGAACGAUGAAUCUGCUUCCGCCGGAGAGCUCGCCAAUGGCGAAGAAGCAGGGCUUCAGGUCGCUGAAGCUCGUGAACGUGGACUUGGACCAUGUUCUCAGUGAUGAGCCGUUCGGAGUUGACUACGGCAGACUCGACAAUGGCCUCUUCUACUACGUCCGCUCCAAUUCCAAGCCUCGAGCAAGAGCCGCCCUCGCUCUCGCCGUUAAAGCCGGAUCAGUUUUGGAGGAGGAGGAUGAGCGGGGAGUUGCUCACAUAGUUGAGCAUCUUGCUUUCAGUGCCACUACGAAUUACACAAAUCAUGAUAUUAUCAAAUUUCUUGAAAGUAUUGGAUCGGAAUUUGGUCCUUGCCAGAAUGCAGUGACAUCUGCUGAUGAUACAGUUUAUGAGCUGUUCGUUCCUGUUGACAAGCCUGAACUGUUGUCUCAGGCCAUCUCGGUCUUGGCAGAAUUCAGCACAGAGGUCCGUGUCUCGAAAGAGGAUUUAAAUAAAGAAAGAGGUGCUGUGAUGGAAGAAUAUAGAGGGAACAGAAAUGCAACAGGAAGGAUGCAAGAUUCAAAUUGGCUUUUGAUGAUGGAAGGUUCAAAGUAUGCUGAGCGUUUACCAAUUGGAUUGGAGAAGGUGAUUCGAACUGUAUCAGCAGAGACUGUCAAGCAAUUUUAUAAAAAAUGGUAUCAUUUGAGCAAUAUGGCACUGAUAGCUGUUGGAGAUUUUUCUGAUACACAGAGUGUAGUUGAGUUGAUAAAGACUCAUUUCGGGCGUAAGACUUCAGUACCUGAGCCUCCACUUAUACCUACAUUUUCAGUUCCAUCUCAUGAAGAGCCACGCUUUUCAUGCUUUGUUGAAUCUGAAGCUGCUGGGUCUGCAGUAAUGAUUAGUUAUAAGAUGGCAGUGGGUGAGCUGAAGACAGUAAGGGACUAUAGAGAUUUACUUGCAGAAUCCAUGUUUCUUCAAGCACUAAACCAGAGGUUUUUCAAAAUAUCUCGUAGACAGGAUCCACCCUAUUUCUCAUGCUCGGCUUCUACAGACAUUCUUGUUGAUCCAUUAAAGGCUUAUCUAAUGACGUCAUCUUGCAAAGAAAAAGGGACAAUCAAAGCCCUAGAAUCAAUGUUGAUUGAGAUUGCAAGAGUACGGCUACAUGGAUUUUCAGAUCGUGAAGUAUCUAUUGUUCGAGCUCAACUGAUGUCAGAGAUUGAAUCUGCCUAUUUGGAGCGAGAUCAAAUGCAAUCAACAAGUUUGCGAGAUGAAUAUUUACAACAUUUUCUGCGCGAUGAGCCUGUAAUUGGGAUUGAGUAUGAAGCUCAACUACAGAAGACUCUUCUUCCUCAAAUCUCAGCAUCAGAUCUAUCCAAAUAUGCGGAGAAGCUACGAACGUCGUGUAGUGUCAUUAAGACAAUUGAGCCACGAGCUUCUGCAGUAGUAGAUGAUCUUAAAAAUGUUGUAUCAAAGAUAAAUGCUCUUGAGAAAGAAAAAAACAUUCUCCCAUGGGAUGAAGACCAAAUUCCAGAAGAAAUUGUUACUGUGAAACCAAAUCCAGGGUAUAUUGUGCAGCAGUUUGAAUAUUCAAAUAUUGGAGCUACUGAAUUAUUUUUAUCGAAUGGCAUGAGAGUUUGCUACAAAUGUACAGAUUUUCUUAAUGACCAGGUUAUGUUUACUGGGUUCUCUUAUGGGAGUUUAUCCGAACUCCCUGAAAGCGAUUACUUUUCUUGCUCAAUGGGGCAAACCAUUGCUGAAGAAAUUGGUGUGUAUGGUUACAGACCAUCAGUACUAAUGGACAUGCUUGCUGGUAAGAGAGCUGAAGUUGGUAAUACGAUUGGAGCAUAUAUGAGAACAUUUUCUGCUGAUUGUUCGCCCUCAGACCUGGAAACUGCAUUGCAGCUUGUCUACCAACUAUUUACAACAAAUGUAACACCAGGAGAUGAAGUUGUGAAAUUAGUAAUGCAAAUGUCAGAAGAAGCAGUUCAUGCUCAAGAGAGGGAUCCCUACACUGUAUUUGCAAACCGUGUAAAGGAGCUCAACUAUGGAAAGUCCUAUUUCUUUAGGCCUAUCAGAAUAAGUGACCUUCAAAAAGUUGAUCCACUUAAAGCGUGUGACUAUUUCAACAAUUGUUUCAAGGACCCCUCAUCUUUCACCGUUGUUAUUGUUGGAAAUAUUAAUCCUACUAUAGCCGUACCUCUAAUACUGCAGUAUUUGGGUGGAAUGCCUAUGCCUCCCGAACCUGUUCUCCAUUUCAAUCGUGAUGACCUCAAAGGACUGCCAUUCACAUUUCCUAGAACCAUAAUUAGGGAAUCAGUUUAUAGCCCUAUGGUGGAAGCACAAUGUUCAGUCCAGCUAUGCUUUCCUGUAGAACUUAAGACUGGAGCCAUGGUAGAAGAGAUUCACUUUGUUGGGUUUCUAAGCCGACUUAUUGAGACAAAAAUAAUGCAAGUUUUACGUUUCAAGCAUGGACAGAUUUAUACUGCAGGUGUUUCAGUAUUCCUUGGUGGUAAUAAGCCUUCAAGAACUGGUGAUGUUCGCGGUGAUAUCAGCAUAAAUUUCUCUUGUGAUCCAGAAAUUGCAUCAAAGCUGGUUGAUCUUACUUUGGAUGAACUUUUACGUCUUCAAGAGGAAGGACCCUCGGAUGAGGAUAUUUCAACCAUUCUUGAAAUUGAGCAAAGAGCCCAUGAAAAUGGCCUUCAGGAGAAUUAUUGGUGGCUGGACAGGAUUUUACGCGGCUACCAAUCAAGGGUCUAUUCCGGUGAUCUUGGUGCUUCUUUCAAGAUUCAAGAUGAAGCCCGCUCCAAAGUCAGAAAAUCUCUGACACCAUCAACAGCACAGUUAGCAUUACAAAGAAUUAUGCCUUUUCCUUGCACGAAACAGUACACGGCUGUUAUUUUAAUGCCCCGGAAAUCUCGUCUUAAAUCACUAACAUCAUUUUUUCAAUCUACGCUGAGCACUUAUGGCAGAGAGGCCAAGAUAUUAGCUGGUCUCGCUGGGCUGACAGUUUUGUUCCUCAGCUUGCGGAGGUGUUCACAAAGUAUCCGGAAAUCCUAGGAGACAUUUUCUUUGCCGAGAUUUCAUUCAUAUAAUCUAAUACUUGGAAAGUAAGCAGCAUAAAGGUUGACCACGACGGCACAAAUUAGGACGGAUUUCUACAGCAUUUCUUAGAUGUGAAUGAGAGGUAUCUUAACUUCAUGACAGAUGAAUUCCCUUUAGAAGGUAAUAAAUAUAGGAGGGGUAGAUAGAAAAACACCAAAAAGAAGAACAAGAGAAAAAUCAUCGUCAUUGGAAUAAAUUACCAUUACAUGAUUGUAUGUUGUAUAUGAUUUUCAUCUUCAAGAUCCAUUGCUCCCUUUUGGGAAUUUUACUCUUUCAGAACAACCAGUUACGGUGGAACUUUUGUAUGUUGUUACUCGAAUGGUUAACAAAGUAGUUCAGACUUGAAUGAAAGAGUAUAAAGAAAGACUCAAAAAUUCUGUUGA